CUCCUACAUAUCAGCCCAUCUCUCUCUCUGAGAUUUCAAUUGAGUUGAGACAUGGAUCCCUCAGGUGGUACUGAGGCAGUGGUGGUGAAGGGAGAUAAGUACAGGUCUCAUAUUUUGGGGGAAGGAGAGAAGAACACUAAAUGGAAAUUUGGUGCUCCUCCUAGCUAUGAUGUUGUAAAUAAGCUCUUUGAAGAAGAACGAUCUAAGGAAUGGCCCAAGGGAUCCUUGGAAGAGAAAGUGCAAAACCUCGUUAAGACAUUUGAAAUGGAGCUCUUCCACAAGACUUGUCCAGAUGACUACAAAACAGUAAACACUCAGAAGUUUAGGCUCAUAGUCAAUGGAGGGAGACCCAUGUCCCUGGAGGAGGUUGCAAAGGUUGGAGGCUACAACGCGUUCUUGCAAACCUCCUUAGCAAACCGUUUGCAUGCUUAUGAUCCAUCUACUGAGACAGCCGAGUCAUCCCAUCAUGCAUUUGGAACAGCAUUCCCUCGUGGAUUUGUCUUGGAAAUCCUUCAGGUGUUUUCAGGUCCUCCGGUGGUCGCCUUUAAGUUCAGACAUUGGGGUUAUAUGGAGGGUCCAUUCAAAGGCCAUGCUCCAACUGGGGAGAGAGUAGAUUUGUAUGGAGUAGGCAUCGUUGAGGUUGACGAAUCCAUGCGAGUUGAGAAGCUGGAGUUCAUCUAUGAUGCUGGGGAAUUGCUUGCCGGACUUCUUAAAGGUCCUUUAAAGGAUUCUGAAUCUGACACCUCAGCAAAUUCAUCUCUCCAUUGCCCUUUCUUGAAAGGGAUGUAGGAGUUUUGUCAGUAGGUGUUGAACACAGUUU